AAUAAAAGAGAAAGAAGAGACACAAAACGCGUACGAGGCACAUGUCCGUGUAUUGAGCUUCCUUGACAAGCUAGGCGCCAAGAGACGGUCUAGUGUCACAGCACCAACAACGACUGAGUGACUGACCAACUCCGGCGCCCUCUAAUGGAAUGGCCGCCGUUCCCCCAUAUUUCCGAGAAGCCAGUGUUUCCGGAGAGCAGUUCUCAGUGCAUGGAUGAAGACGACGUCGUCUUGAGUACUCCUCCAAUCUCCCGGACUCCGAAAUCGGAGAAAGGGAAGGAGGUUAUUGUACCUGAUGGUAUUCACAUCGAAGAUUCUGAUACUGCGGUGUUUAUUGAUGAGAAAGUUGACAGAAGUAUCAAAGGGAAGGCAAUAAAUUACUCUUCCGAUGAGUUCCCUGAUCGUAAAGCUAAGGGAGCUGUCGCCAAUAACUUUGCUGGUUCUUCUGGUAAGAGUUUAGCCUCAGCAUCAGAUAACAUUAACUAUGCUGAUCUGUUUUUGGAUGAUGGUAUCGAUGUUGAUGAGUAUGCCCGUUUGCUAUCCCAUUUUGAUAAUGCGGAUAUUUCUCCUGGAAUAGAAGCACCUAUGCCACCUAUCCCCUGGUUGUUUGGUCCUGUUAAAAGUGAUAUAAAGUCAGUUUCUGGAAGUAGUUCUGAUACAAAUUAUCGAGCUGCUAAGAGUUUUGCGUCACUCUCGCAUAAUGUAAUUGACUUAGCUGGUCCCAGUUCUGAUGCAUCUAGUUCCAAUGAUGACUAUUCUGGUCUUUAUUUGGAAGCGUCCAUAGAUAUCGAUGAGUAUGCUGAAAUGCUAGCCCAUUUUGACAAAAUGGAUAUUCCUCCUGGAAUAGAAGCACCUAUCCCACAUUUUCUGUCAUUGUCAGAUCCUUCUAAGAGCAAUAUAAAUGCAGUUCCUGGAAGUAGUUCAAGCUUGGAGGCCCAAAUGAAUGUUUUUAGUCCUGCUCUUGGGCUAUCAUCAUCUUGGAAACUUCCACAAGCUUCCAGCAGUAAAACAAAACAAUCUUAUCUGCAACACCAAGGGAGGGCUUCUAAUAUUCCAGUUGGAGUAGAAUUAUCAAAAUUGCAUACACAAACUCAAACCAAUGAUGUCCCUGCAAAGCAAGUUUCUAGCAUGGAGACAGAUGAAACUAUUAGGAAGUUCAAGGAUUUCAAACAAUUUGAUACAGUUGCAGAGCACUCAGACCAUCACUAUACUAACAAGAGUAGUUCUACCAUGCAGAAAAAUUGGGCAAAGAGAAUUCAGGAAGAGUGGAAAAUCCUGGAGAAAGAUUUGCCUGAUACAAUAUUUGUUAGAGUUUAUGAGACAAGGAUGGAUCUUUUGAGAGCUGUUAUUGUUGGAGCCAAGGGUACCCCCUACCAUGAUGGUCUCUUUUUCUUUGAUGUUUCAUUUCCAAGUGACUAUCCCAAUGUACCCCCGCAUGUCCACUACCACUCUGGUGGCCUUCGACUAAAUCCAAAUUUGUAUGAUUGUGGAAAAGUAUGCCUCAGCCUUCUCAACACCUGGUCUGGGGGCAAGCAAGAGAUGUGGAUCCCUGGUAAGUCAACGAUGCUUCAGGUUUUGGUCUCUAUACAAGGGCUGAUCUUGAAUACAGAGCCCUACUUCAAUGAGCCUGGAUGGGCACCUAUGAAGGGUACACCAGGCGGUGAAAUGGCAUCGAAGAAGUACAAUGAGGACACGUUAAUCCUAUCUCUAAGGACAAUGGUGUACACAAUGAAGCGGCCUCCAAAGUAUUUUGAGCACUUUGUUCUCGGGCAUUUCCGCAAUCAUGCUCAUGAUAUUCUUGUAGCAUGCAAGGCAUAUAUGGAUGGAGCUGAAGUGGGGUGUUUAGUCAAAGGUUCGGUUCAGGGCGUUGAUGGUAAUAAGAGCUGCUCGCAGGUGUUUCAGAAUUCUCUGGCUAGGUUUUUGCCUACUCUAGUCAAAGAGUUGACACAAAUAGGUGCCAAGGACUGUGAGAAAUUUGCAACAGUUGAGAAUUAGCAGAUUGGUAGCAUGCCUCAGGCUGUUACACCAACACAGGUUUCAUGGUGGAAGAAACAGUUAUAAACUCCGAGUUGAAAAUGUCAUCGAUCGUCAUUCCAAGUUAAAGUAAUGGCAUACCCAAUGAGGUUUUUGUAUACGCAUGCCAUUAUGGAUGGACUGAUUAGUUAACUCUCCUCAUGUAGUGUUCGAAUCUUUUUGAUGCAGUUCUAAAACCAGCAACUUUGGCCAGAAUUUUAUGAGUCGAGUCUUUGAAAAGCGUAAAACUCGGUUGAUAACUGAUAAUGUUUAAUUGUCUUUUGAUCUGGAA